AUGCAAGGAGACAGCCCUCAGGAACAAAUCCAGGCACUCCGCUCAGUUGACAAGAGUAUCCAUCCCAACUCUGUCCCUCUCGCCACACCUAAUGAGAUAUACCACGUCGAGACUCAAGUAGAUCCAGACACACAAAAAGACGUUGUACUCUGGGAUGAUAUCCUCCAGGCGUUUGAGAACGCGGUGCAUGUUCGUCAUAAGACCAAGGUGGUCCCGUUUCUAAAGGGCAGGGACCUUAGAAUACUUGAGCCUCGUAGGAUCGCCGCCGUGCCGAACAUCGUCUUGGAUGUGGUCGUAGAUACUCCAGCGACCGACAAUGUGGGGGUCACUUCUCCCCAGGUCCGACAGAUGGAGCUUCAGUCAGUGCCACCGCAGGACGGCAACAUGAUAAAGGUCGAGGUUGCAUCCCGGGAUACAAUCUCAACACCCAAUGCUACGUCGACGUCCAUUACUACGACUGCUACCUCCACGCCCAAAGCAAUGUCCUCUUCCAGUAUUCCUUCCACUGCAACUUCGACUUCCACUGCAUCAUCCACCGUUAGACGGAACCCAGUCUACGGUCUUGUAGAGGAGGCGAUGGAAAACUACACUCACAUCGAUAGACCCCUUGCUUUCCCGUCAGCGCGAGGUCCGCAAGCAGUGUUGGCCGAUCAAACAUCAGCCGUCAAGGAUACUCCAACCAGUCUUCAUUCUGACGAUGACAGUAACUCUCAGCAGCGUGGACCCCAGAGCGCAACAGCCAAUGUGUCCGUGGAACUGCAAUUCGCGCGGACGAUCAUUAGUGCUAGUGAGGGGGACAAGGACGCCCAGGUCGCGCUUGGCGACAUGUACAGGGACGGCAAGGGGGUUGCGCAAGUCUACCAGACCGCCAUGGAUUGGUACUUCAAGGCCGCCGAGCAAGGAGACGCAGCAGGACAGCACAGAGUAGGCGCCCUCUACGACGAAGGACUCGGUGUCUCCCAGGACCACUCAACAGCCAUGGAUUGGUACCUCAAGGCCGCCUAUCAAGGAUAUGCUAUCGCUCAACACAGCAUCGGGGUUCUCUACAACUUUGGUUACGGUGUUCCCCAGAACUAUACACGAGCAAUGGAAUGGUACCUCAAGGCCGCCGAACAAGGACAUGCUUCCUCGCAAUUCAGCAUCGGAAUUCUCCACAACAACGGCGAAGGUGUUCCCAAAGACCGUACACAAGCGAUGGAGUGGUUCCUCAAGGCCGCCAAUCAAGGACACACCGCCUCACAAUACAACAUCGGCGUCUACUACGAUAAUGGUCGAGGUGUGCCUCAGGACUACAAACAAGCGAUGGACUGGUUCCUCAAGGCCGCCCAGCAAGGACAUACCAGAUCUCAAUUCAACAUCGGCGUCUACUACGACAUUGGCCAAGGAGUUUCUCAAGACUACGCUCAGGCGAUGGAGUGGUUCCUCAAGGCCGCCAAUCAAGGACACGCCGCCUCACAAUACAACAUCGGCGUCUACUACGACAUUGGCCAAGGUGUUCGGCAGGACUACGCACAGGCGAUGGAAUGGUACCUCAAGGCCGCCAACCAAGGGCAUGUCGAGUCCCAGUACAGCAUCGGCCUUCUCCACAAGCAAGGUCAAGGCGUUCCUCAGGACUACAAACAAGCGAUGGGCUGGUUUCUCAAGGCCGCCGAUCAAGGGCAUACCGCCUCUCAAUACAGCAUCGGCCUUCUCUACGACAAUGGCCAAGGUGUUCCCAAAGACCACACAUCAGGCGAUGAAUUGGUACCUCAAGGCCGCCAAUCGAGGUGA